UAAAUGUGAUUUCUCUGCAUGGCAAGCCAUCUUGCAAACACAAUAGUAAAAACAACAACAAUAGGCAGCAUAUUUCCCCGAACCAAACCUGCAGCUCCUGUCCAACAAUAACCACGCUUCACGAUCGAGUCUGUCCCAAAAAUACUUCUCAAUGCGCCCUUGUGGACUUGCGCGAGGGGCCCUAUAAGUCUGCACUACAUGACGUCACCGAAGUGUGGACUCUGAGGAAGUUCACAAGUCCGGAGUGUGCCAUUUGGGACAGGGCCUCUCUGUCAGUCUCACUGAACAUAGUAGACGCAGAGAGAGGUGUGCCUCCGAGUCCGGGCAGAUUGUUACUAAUGGAGAAAGGCCACAAUCCCCCUCCGUAUCCUGGUCCUCAGGCGGACCAACCCAACAUGUCCUACCCCGGACAACCACCUGCAUACCAACCUCAACCAGGUCUGGGGUACCCCAAUCUACCCACGCAGCAGGAUGCUAUGACUUCAGCCUCUGUAGCUCAAGCAGUCCAACCUGUGUAUGCCGUAGUAACACAGGUGAUUGCUUUGCCCCGCCAUUUGACUGAUGUCCCGGGGGAGAUGAAAUGUCCUCACUGUCAGCAGCAGGUUGUCUCUGAGACGAAAUAUGUCAACGGUGCGCUCACCUGGACCAUCUGUGGAAGUCUUGGCAUUUUUCUGAUCUGGCCGUUUUGUUUGAUACCGUUCUGUGUGGAUGCCUGUAAGGAUGUAGAACAUCACUGUUCAAACUGCAAAAGUAACGUCUACCUGUACAAACGAAUGUAACUUGUUCUGACGUAAAGAACAUCUGGACAAAUCUUCAGAAAUAUUAUUUUGGAGAAUUUAGGAGAGAUCUCUUAAACAUUAACCAAAAGUGUUCCAGUGCCUUAAUAAUUCAGCCUUUACUGGACAUACCUGGAUUUACUGUAUGCUUACACUGUUAUAUUAUGUAUAGUUUAAAACUGUGACCCUGUUGGAGCGCCAUGACUCUGAUUGAAGAUUUAUGUUUUAAUGGACUGAUCAGUUACAUGUUAAUGCAAUUAAAGGAAUAUUUCGGGUUCAAUACAAGUUAAUCUCCUUUAGCAGCCUUUGUGGCAUAAUGUUGAUUACCAGAACAUUUAACUGACACAUUAGUCUCCCUCCAGACCUCCUGGGGGUGAGGCAUGGACAAAUCCCCCUCAGUUUUGCUGAGAGUUGAGGGCAGAGGAGUAUGCACAGUAAGUCCAAGCUUGGUUCUGAGAAUUGUAUGCUGUGCGCAUUGGCCUUACAGUUGCCCAAAUAUUAAAAACACUUCAAAAUAGGGGGUCUGGGUAGCUCAACGAGUAUUGAUGCUGUCUAUCACACCUGGAGUCACGAGUUUGAAUCCAGGGUGUGCUGAGUGACUCCAGUCUCCUAAGCAACCAAAUUGGCCCGGUUGCUAGGGAGGGUAGAGUCACAUGGGGUAAACUCCUCGUGGUGGUGAUUAGUGGUUCUCUCAAUGGGGCGUGUGGUGAGUUGUGUGUGGAUCAUGGAGAGUAGCAUGAGCCUCCACAUGCUGGGAGUCUCCGUGGUGUCAUGCACAACGAGUCACGUGAUAAGAUGCGCGGAUUGAUGGUCUCAGAAACGGAGGCAGCUGAGAGUUGUUCUCCACCCGGAUUGAGGUGAGUAACCGCGCCACCACAAGUACCUACUAAGUUGUGGCAAUUGGGCAUUCCAAAUUGGGCAGAAAAAGGGGAUAAAAACACGCUUUAAAACGUUCCUGAGACCUCUGUGUGCAUCUUUGAAAUGCCCCGUUCACCGUUGAUCUGUGGGGAACCUAUCAAGGGCUUCAUAUACUUUAUUACU